AUGGCUAAGUCGGCGGUCCUAUGGUGCCUCAUUCUGGUAGGUUUGUGUAGUGUGUUGGUAAGCGUAACGUCGGCAGAAAAGCUUCAACUCGUCUACCAGUGGUCACAGUUAAGAUCCAGCACCAAAAAUAAUGCAUCACAAAAUGUACUGUUUUCGGCAAAUGUUGUCCCAUCCGACGAGGACACAUUCAAUGCGUACGGCAAUCUGCCGAUGGGAGUGACACAUCACAAAGGUUUCCUGUACGUAACGAUACCUCGCCGACGUCCCGGCAUUCCAGCGACGCUGAACGUUAUCGACAUGUCGCGCAAUCCUGCCGUCAACGAACCAACGCUGGAUCCUUAUCCUAACUCACUGGUGAACUCACUGCGAAAUGAUUUCGCUGCAGAUCCGAAACGCAUCAUCUCGGUCUACCGUACCCAGGUCGAUCGGUGCGAUCGCUUGUGGUUCGUUGACACAGGCUAUCUCGAAUAUCCGGGUGGUGCAGGACGACAGGUACAACGUCCCGCCCUGUGGGUCAUCGACCUGACCAUCCAUCGUAGUGUGCGAAGGUUCGAGAUACCGGAGGAUAUGGUUGAAUUUGGGUACGGCAUACCGAACAUCGAGGUGGACGUCGAUGAGGAGGAUUGUGGACGAGCAUACGCGUACAUUCCCGACUACGAGUGGCGCAUGUUGUACGUGUACGGAUUGACCGAGGGUCGUAUGUGGCGCUUCAAGCAUAACUACUUCUCCUUCGAACCACGGUACGGAGAUUUCAAUAUAGCCGAGCAACAGUUUACCUGGUACGAUGGUAUCUUCUCGGUGGCUGUCGGUGGCCAGUGGCAUAACAGUGAGACGGAACGUACCGUGUAUCUGCACGCGAUGGCCUCGGUAAGUGAGAUUGCCGUAUCGAAUCGGAUUCUGCAGAAUGAAACGCUGGCACAGCUCGGUAACGGUGCAUACGGCCAGUCGUUCCAUCAUCUGGGUGCCCGUGGUCCCAAUGCGCAAAGUUCGAGCCAUGCAUACGAUCCAAAGACAGGGGUACUCUUCUAUGCGGAAAUUAAUCGCAAUGCGGUGGGUUGCUGGAACACGAAGAAACAAUUUACACCCGAAAACCAUGGCAUUGUGCAUCUGGAUAAUGAGGAGAUGAUUUAUCCCGCUGAUCUCAGGAUUGACAGUAACGGUGAUCUGUGGGUCAUUUCCAAUCGGCUUCCUAUCUGGAUCUACUCCCAUCUGAAUCGAACCGAUGUGAACUACCGAAUUUGGCGCCAAUCUGCGUCUCGAGCAAUUGCUGGAACGAUUUGUGCAUAAGCAAAACACACAUGGCGAUAACAAAUAAAAGUCUUAGCUAAGU